AUAUGUUGGAUAUACUGUGUUUAUGAUUGUGACAGGUGACGUUUUGUAAAAUGGUGGCAAUGGUGAUUUCGAUUGUUGUGUGACACACAGUAGGAUUAGGCGUACUUUAAAUAUUUGGUUAUUUAGUUUUUGUUGAAAACUGUUUACAAGUCGUAAUUAUGUUUUAUAUGUAGAGUGUUUUUUAGUAUUUUUUCGUGAUCCGAAUUUUUGAUUUAAAAAGAUCGAUGUUUGCUUCACAGACCCAUAACCAGGUGAUUUUUCAUCUUUCGCAAAUAACUUCAGCGUUGGUACCGGGACGACCUCUCUGUCACAGAAGUGUAGCGUCUAGUCCUGGUCGUGGCCAGCAUACUGCAAACGAAGCAGACGAUGAAAUCAUCUGCUUGAAAAGCCUUAAUGAGGCGCUGCGCAGGCUGAGGCGGCACGGCGGGGACCGCCUGCCCCGGCUGUGCCUGGAGCGCGGCGACCGCCCGGGCACGUGGCUGCUGUGGCAGCGGCUGGCGCGGCCGGCGGCGUGGCGCGAGUCGCACGUCUCCGCCGCCUGCUUCGCCGACAACAAGAGGUGCGGCGCGCCCCGCCUGCUUCCCGUCGAUCUGCGCGGGCUGCUGCGGCCCCAGCGCUUCCUGCGAGGUGCAGGGACGCGCGGGUUCAAGACGGAGCGCUCGGUGGAGAUGCAGCAGGCCCGUAACCCCUCGCUGGUGGAGCGCCUCAGGAGGGCCCUGGGCGUGUCCCCGCCCGAGGUCGCGCUGCCCCUCGGCAAGCCGGAGCUGCGCAUCGACCACGACAAGCUGCAGAGCGUGCUGGAGCUGGUGCCCAAGGACGCGGACAAGGUGAAGGUGGCGUUCGCGGAGGGCUACCUCGCCGGCAGCGGCCAGAAGGGGUCGGGCAAGGCCAUGCGCUACUUCAAGGUCUUCCAGAACGUGCUGUCCACCGUGCUCAUCCUGGCCAUCCUCGUCUCGCUCUUCGCCAGCACCAGCGGCUCCAUGUUCCGGAUCCAGCUGGGCAACCAGGUGGAGGUGGACCCCGAGGAGAUCCACGUCACCUUCGACGACGUCAAGGGGGUGGAGGAGGCCAAGCAGGAGCUGAAGGACGUGGUGGAGUUCCUGCGCAGCCCGGACAAGUUCUCGACGCUGGGCGGCAAGCUGCCCAAGGGCGUGCUGCUGGUGGGGCCCCCCGGCACGGGCAAGACCCUGCUGGCCCGCGCCGUGGCCGGCGAGGCGGGCGUGCCCUUCUUCCACGCCGCCGGGCCCGAGUUCGACGAGGUGCUGGUGGGGCAGGGCGCCCGCCGCGUCCGCGACCUCUUCAAGGCAGCCAAAGACAGGGCUCCGUGCGUGGUGUUCAUAGACGAGAUAGACUCUGUGGGAGCGAAGAGAACGAACUCUGUCCUACACCCGUACGCCAACCAGACCAUCAACCAGCUCUUGUCUGAGAUGGACGGUUUCCACCAGAACGACGGGGUGAUCGUGCUGGGGGCGACCAACAGGCGGGAGGACCUGGACAAAGCACUGCUCAGGCCCGGCAGAUUUGACGUCGAAGUCACCGUGCCCACGCCGGACUACGUGGGGCGCAAGGAGAUCCUGGAGCUGUACCUGGGGCGCGUGCUGGCCAAGGAUGUGGACGUGGACACUCUGGCGCGGGGCACCACCGGCUUCACCGGCGCCGACCUCGAGAACAUGGUGAACCAGGCGGCGCUGCGGGCGGCCAUCGACGGCGCCCCCUGCGUGUCCAUGAGGCACCUGGAGAAUGCCCGCGACAAGGUGCUCAUGGGGCCGGAGAAGAAGUCUCGUAUUCCGGACGAAGAGGCAAACGUGAUCACGGCUUACCACGAGGGGGGGCAUGCCGUUGUGGCCUACUACACCAAGGACUCGCACCCGCUCCACAAGGUCACCAUCAUCCCUAGAGGCAGCUCUCUGGGGCAUACGGCCUACAUCCCGGAGAAGGAGCGCUACCACGUGACCAAGUCGCAGCUGCAGGCCAUGAUGGACACCAUGAUGGGCGGCCGGGCGGCCGAGGAGAUCAUCUUCGGCCCGGACAAGAUCACGUCCGGGGCCUCCAGCGACCUCAAGCAAGCCACCUCCAUAGCCACGCACAUGGUCAAGGACUGGGGCAUGUCGGAGAAGGUGGGGCUGCGCACCUACGAGAACAACAGCGGGGCUUUCGUCACCGUCAGCGAGCUCAGCCCCAACACCAGCGACCUCAUCGACACCGAGAUCAAGAGAAUACUCUCGGAGUCGUACGAGCGGGCGAAGGCGAUCCUGCGCGCGCACCACCGCGAGCACCGCCUCAUGGCCGAGGCGCUGCUCAAGUACGAGACGCUGGACGCCGACGACAUCAAGGCCAUCAUGAAGGGCAAGGAGAGCCCCGCCAAGCCCCUGCGGGCGUAGCGGCCGGCAGUCCUCCCUCCUUUACUGUGUUCCUUCAUCGGACAUACACCAUUGCAGUUUUAACUGUAUAUCAUUAGAAAUUGGACAAAAAUAAAGAUGAAUAUGCAGAAACCCAGUAAACAAGCCAACAUCAACCGAUGUCAAAAAAUUAAAAACAUAAGACGGCACAGAAAAUUCAGUAGUAGGAAUCACUGGGGGAACAAGUAUCACAGCACAGACGGACACGGUGGGCUGACGACGACGAGACGACUGUGGUUUAAGAACAGUGAGUACAAACAAACUACAACUGUGGACAAUACAGCAACAAACAGAGGAACGCAACGAUGAUUCCAAGCGGAUCAUACGGACAUGGACAGCACAGUGACGAUACAGCAACGUGAAACUAAACAAAUUAUCCUGACAGCACAACGAAGCCAGCUCGGACAAACAGAGCAGGCUUCUUGAGAGACAACAGUUGUGACGUUUCAGGAACUGAUAUCCGUGUCCGUCCUCGACCAACAAUGGCGUGUCCCAAAAAAAAAAAACCAUGCAAAAAACGUAAGCAAGCAGCACAUAAUCAUUUAUCAGUUCUAAAAAAAAAAACAUAUUGACCAAUACACAGGCAAUCUCAUAAAUGUUGAAUCCGCGGAAGACACCGUCAGAGUACAUUUCAGAUAAUUUGCUUUGCAAAUGCACAGGAUAAAAUAUUUUCAUAUUACUUUUCAUGUUUAUAUUACUUAUAAAAACCAUUUAAGAUAUCUAUGAAAUAACACCAAAACCUUUAACUUUGUUAACAAAUUGAAAUUUUGCUAAUUCUUGCCGGUAUAUGUCAUGAGUAUGAUUGUGUCUUCAAAUUGGUUGGUUACUAUCAAGCAAUCUCUUGCACAAUGUGCUAAAUUAUUUAUUUGUACAAUUUUGACAUAGGACUAUUGUAGAAAAUUAUCUUAUUUGGUUCAUUUGUAAUUUUUUUCAGAUCGAGAGAUUGAUUCCAUUUAUUAACAGUUCUGGUCAAAUCUUUGCCUUUUAUUUCAACCUGAAUGUUUUAUUCAUGCAGACUGUAAUUGAGAGCUGAAAUAUAAGUUUUUUAUUUCUUACAGUAAUAAUAUAUGUAAUACUAGCUGCAAUACCCGGUGUUGCCUGGGCUAAACACAUGGAGCUUUAUUGUCUGUGAGUUAAAGCAAACUGGAUAGCGCUAUAUGACAGUGUGUUGGACAUAGAAAAUGUCACACAAUUACUGUUUGUAUGUUUAUGAUUUAUGAUUUUUUGUUUACCCAUGGCGAUCGGUUAUUUAUUAUUUAUUAUUAUUUAUAAAUUAUUAAGACCAUUAAUCGAAAUAAAAACCAUCCUAUCUCUCAAGUUGGAAAAAAUUACACAUAAAUGCCAAUUUUCAUCGAAAUUGGUUGACUUGGUGAAGAGUUCACUGGAAACAAACAUCAGGACACUGGAUUUAUAUAUAUUAAGAUUUUUACUAGGAUGAAAGGAGUAAUUUAAUUCAAUUAUGCUCGUGAUUACAGCUGCGGCUAGUACAAAAUUUAUUUGCAUGUGCUGGGAUGAAUAGCACUAAAUGUGAAAUAAAUUGCUCUUACCUUACCAAAGAGUAGUUGUUACACUAAUAAGAAAUUUAAAUAUGUACAUUAAAAUACUAUCUUUUCAGCUCAUGAAGCAUUACCAGUAUUUGGUCAGGUAGUUGAAUUCUUGGUAAGCAUUCAAUACCAUUAUCGUCAUUUCCUGGGUGCAGGAAUAUUAAAAAAUUUUUUUAUCAUAUUGUCAGUGUUUGAAUUUCCAGAGCGGUAAUGCUUGUAACUGCCUGGUGCUUUAUAUAACGGCCUUGUUUAACAGUGUCCGCGCGUGCAUUCAAGAUGUUAGAUUGUUAGUUGUGUCGUGCUACCAUUUGUACUGUAGAACAAACUCAACUGUUUCUUUGGCAUACGAAUUUGCAAAAUAUGACACUUAGGUUUAUGAUUGAAGAAAUAAAGAAAAAUUUGCCAAAAA